CGCCAGACGGUUGCGGUCGUGGGGCGCGUUCAUCUUGCUCAGGCACCACCACCAUCUCCGUCCCUCCCCGUGAAAAGAGGUUUCGUCGUCCAGCGCGGUCCACGGCCAUGCCAUCACGACCCUCGCCCAUGGCCUUGCAGAGUUCGUCGCCGCAGCCGUCGAUUUUCAGGAAGAAGUCGACCCCCGCCAUGUCCACUGCCGCCUCCUACCUCUCCGCUGUCUCCGAGGCCGACGCCCGCGCCCGCGCCCACGGGGGCUCGCCCAACUCGACCCCCGCCCUCUCCCUGUCGAGCUCCGUCACGACGAGCAGCUCCGACACGGUUCUGGAAGAUCCCGGCGCCGAAUUCGAAGAUGCGCUGUCGUACCCGCGCAACCCGCCCACCAGCGAGCAGGUCUUCACGACGGUGCACUCCGAGUUUGGCCACUGCGCCAACGAGAGCUAUCGCUAUACCAGUCAGCACAAGACCGGCACGCCCUACCGCAGCUACCCCGAGCAGGACCCGCCCUACUAUAUCCUCCUCACUACAUACCUCAGCUACCUCAUGGUUAUCUGCCUCGGGCACCUGCGCGACUUCGUUGGCAAGCGCUUCAGGAGGUCUGCGUACAGGCAUCUCCUAGCACACGAUGGUUACGCAGCGCUCAACUCCGACUUCGACUCCUUUUAUACCCGGCGGCUCAAGACCCGCAUUGACGACUGCUUCUCGCACCCUGUCACCGGUGUUCCCGGGCGGACGAUCAUGCUGCUCGACCGCUACUCACCAGACUACAAUGUCACCAUGUUCCCGAGCGGCACACGCACGCGCGGGCUGAACAUCUCCUCUUACAACUAUCUCGGUUUCGCUCAGGCCCGCGGUGGGUGCGCCGACGCGGUGGAGGCGUGCAUCAACCGGUACGGUGUUUCACCGUGCGGGACGCGUCUCGAGGGUGGUUCGCUGGAUCUGCACGCACAAGCGGAGGGACUCGUCGCACGGUUUAUCGGACAGGAGGACUCGAUGAUAUGCAGCAUGGGCUUCGCGACGAACUCGACGUUCAACCACGCAUCGAUCCGGUGGGGCGUGCGUGUGAGCGGCGCGAACGUGCGGACGUUCAAGCAUAAUAACAUGAAGUCGCUCGAGAACCUGCUGCGGGAGGUGAUCAGCCAGGGUCAGCCGAAGACGCACCGACCGUGGAAGAAGAUCCUCGUUAUCGUGGAGGGGCUAUUCUCGAUGGAGGGCACGCUUGCGAACCUUCCGGUGAUCAUGGAGCUCAAGAAGAAGUACAAGUUCUAUCUCUUCGUAGACGAGGCACACUCCAUCGGCGCUCUCGGCCCGCACGGUCGCGGUUCGUUCGGUGCGGCUGGAGGAUACAUCGCUGGCUCGAAGGCGCUCGUUGACAGGCUGCGUCUCCGCGCGCACACGGGGACGUACACGGAGGCGAUGACCCCGCCGGUGCUCAUGCAAGUUAUCGCGUCUAUGGCCAGCAUCAUGGGUAUCUCGCCCACCCCGUCUUCGGGCGCCGCGGCGCUGGAGGUCGCGGAGCUCGAGCGGCACCCAGGUAAUGCGCCGAUGUCGAUCCUCCCGUCGUGGAUGCCGCUCUCGCCGACGAUGGUCGACGGCUCGGACGGGCGGAUGCGUCUGCGGCGGAUCGCGUUCAAUUCGCGGUACCUCAACCGGGGCCUGCGCAAGCUCGGGUUCAUCACGUACGGAUGCGCCGACUCGCCGGUGAUCCCGCUGCUGCUGUUCAACCCGGGCAAGAUGGCGGUGUUCAGCCGGAUGAUGCGCACGCGCGCGGUGCCGAUCGUCGUCGUCGUGGUCGCCUCGGCGCACACGAAGGAGGACAUGGACAUGGUGCUCACCGCGUGCGACGAGAUCGGCGAUUUGCUCGACCUCAAGCAGGGCCAGGGCGAGCGCUGGCCGCUGCAGGAGAUCUUGGACAGGGCGGUCGAGCUGGUGAACGUGUCGGAGGAGUCAUAGAUGAGGCCUGAGGACGUAAUGUACGGAACGAUAAUGCUUUGCGGGCUGUUGUAAUUAGUCUGACCGUUACUUCUCGUGUAAUUACCCACUACGGCCUAUGCUGGGUGUUUGCGUGUAUAUUUCUUCUAUCGCGGAGAUGAUUUCCAUGUGAGAGGCUCUCCUGUUGAACGUCGGGACGCGAGGUGCAGACAUAUUCGGUUCAAUUCUUAUACCACCCGUGUCACUUGCGUCCUAUGCAUAGGAGGCUGUUGAAUGUGCGUUUGCUUUGGACUAUGUAUUG